CUAGUGACCACGACGUCGCGCCGUCAGUCGGCGAAAAGUUACCGCCACGGGAGCACCAUCGACGCGACGUAAACAGCCAGUGCUCCACUGGCCGAAAACAAAAAAAAAACAAUGAAAAAAAUCGAAUGACGGAAUCGGAGUUCUAAAUUCGAAUACGCACGAUAUGUGUUCAGACGGUUUUGAUUUUUUGGCGAAAAUGACGUGUGAUUGUGAGAAUGCGAAAACUUUUACGUGAAAUGUGUUAGUGUUAUUGAAUUUAAGUGCUCAAAUAUUUGGUUAUGGUAAGAUUUCUUAACAGGAUUGCAAUAUCUGGGUUUAAAUGUGGAAUUUAAAACCAUAAACCCAGACUAAACACACGACAGAGCGGGGUUAAUUAGUUUCUAAUUUUUGCGAGAGAGACCGCAGUGGCACCAGUCCAAGAUGAAUCUGAUGUUUCGGAAGAACUUCAGCACGGAGAAGACUACGGGCGGCGGGGGCGGCGGGGGAGGGGGCAAGGCGAGGGGGGCGCUCGGGGCCGGCCGGAACGCCAAGCGCCGGGACCGCGAGCGCUACUCCUCUAUGGAGGAACACACACACUACAGGACGCAUCUUUUUUUCUCGGCGCCGAGGGCCAGUACUCAGUACAACGAGGGCUCAGAACGAUGCGGGCCAGUGCUCGGCGGAGGCUCCGGGCCGGAGCCGGAGCCCCCGCAGCCCCUCGUCACGCGGGAGCCAGGGGUGUCGCUGCUCCGCUGGGACAGGCCGACGGACACCCGGGCGUCCGAGCGGGUCAGCAGGAGGGAGACGAGGACAGAGCCCGUCUCGCUCGCCACGCUCGAGCGCGAUUGCUUUGUCAUACCGGCGCACGCGCUGGAUAGGUUCCUGCCUGAUGGCGUCCCUCUUCCAGUCCCCCCUCCAACACCAGACAAAGGCCAAACAACGAAGACUGCCCAGAACUCACUCAGCAUCCUCGAGAUAGCCGACCCCAAGCUCUGCAUACUCGCCCACCUGAUGAGCCCUCUCGAGCCUAUCGAGCCAAUACUCGAAUCACCAAUGUCCAAGCCCUUAAUCAAACAGAAAGCUGCCGCAGGGGAGCUUUUAACAGAAGUAGCUCAGGCCAAUACAGCUGUAGGAGGGAUGCUACUCGCAAAUAUGGAAAGGAACGCAGAAUUCCCAUUCAUAUCAUAUUAUGUGAUAAAUACCACGCAAACUGAUCCUUUGCUUUUCUACAAUAACAUGAGGUGUGCUUCGCUGAACAAGUUUGAUCCGAAGGCGAUACGGUACUCGGCGGCGCAUACGCUGGACUUGUAUAGUGAGGUGGCGAUGAUCUGCCGGCCGCCGUUCACGGACUUGGCCGGGGGACCGAAGAAAUCGCACACGCCGACUACUGGGUUCAUUAUUAGUGUUUAUAAGGUAUUCGAAGGCGACGACGGCGAGCGCUUCGAGCGCAACUGGUUAUACUGGACCGGCGCACGCAUGCUCUACCGCCAUCUCCCUCACUCCGUCGGGAUGAGGAAGAUAGCGCUACACAAGUCCGUCGCCAGCCACGGCGACAAGAUGUACCUGCUGGUGUGCGAGUGUGCCAACUUGUUGGACGAUUUGUCGGGCGCGGCGAUGCUGAUCACGGCGCUGCGCGCGCGCCUGUGUGGGUACACCGGCUUGUAUAGGCCCAUACAGACGUUCUAGCAGAGGGAUGGGGCUGUGAGCCCUGAUUAGUGUUUACUAGAGUAAAAAUCUAGACUGGAAUCUAAUUUGACUAAUUUGAUUAGUUCUGAAAUGGCACAACUCGAUAUAACAUCGAAUCACAAUAGUCAGAUGACUGAUCUAUAACAUCGUACAGAAGUCUUAAAUUACUUAGGGCCACUUGCACUAUCCCACUAACUCGGGGUUAACCAUUUAAACCUGGAGUUCCCAUGGUUACCAGUACAAUUUGACACGGGGUUAACAGUAUAACCGCUUAACCUCGGGUUAGUGGGAUGGUGCAAGUGGCCCUUAAAGGACAAAGAGUUAAAGAUUUGUGGCGCAGUUCCUUCCACAGCCGACCCUUCGUGGAAGGAGAUUCCUGCAAAACCGCACAGUACGUGAUCAUUUCAGUUACAGCAAUUCUUGGUAGAGUUAGACCAAGAAAACUCUUCAGCGAUAUUGAUAGCCCACGCAGUGCAAGUGUUAUUUUAAAUGCCAAAUUUCUAUGAAAUUAUGACCAAUAAAUAACACUUUCACUGCGUGUUAUUUAGCGGCGAUUGCGCUUCUUAGUCUAACUCUACUAUCAAUUGUAGUAUUCAGAGUUGUGUCGUUUAAAACAUUCGGUUUCUUGAGCUUGCAUUAAUUUGUAAAGGCGUAGAAGAUUGCUCUUCCUAAGAUGCUCCUGAUUGGACCAAAGUAUUAUUAACAGCUGUGACGUGUUCAAUAUUCAAUAGGGUGCAGCAUGAACUUAGACAACCACGGAGAGAAUCCCUUCUCUCAGAAAAUAGGUGAUUUUAAGAACAGUUUUUGAAAUACAGGAGUAUUAAUUGAGAAACCUUCUAGAAAGGCGCUUAGCGACAUCUACUGUAUCAUAAUGGAAUUACAGUGAAUGUUUUCUAACAUCACAUAUUUGAUAAUUAUGAAUUGAUCCUUAUAGCCUCCUAAGACCUAGGCAUACAAAUGAAAAAUCCAAAAUUUGCCACUGUAAUUUGAACCUAAAGUGUAGGAAAUAGAGUUGAUUUUGCGUUGUUUCAAAAUUUUACGAAACAAAGCAAAAGCGAGUUCGUUCCAAUUGACUAUGAUUUAAAUUUCAUCAAACUGUGAAAGUACUAUAGGUAGGACCUUAUUGGGUCUUAGGAGGAUGGUAUAGGUAUGAAUGAAGCUAAGGCCUACCUUUUAACUGAUAUGAAUAUGAAUCUGAAGUACGCUGCACCCUAUUCGUACAAUAUAACAUUCUGUUUAAAUUUUAAAAGUGUUCAAUAAGUCGACUUGUCAAUAUCUUGUGUCAGGCGUUAAAUAUAAAUUCUUAAACCUACUUAUACAUGCACAAAUACUGUUAGAAAACCGGCCUUAGGUUCCUAGAGGGGUUUGAGGGUGAAAUGUAUAAAGAGGCUGCUUUUCGACCAGAAUUAUAAGGUAUAUUUUCAUACAAAGUGACCAAGCUAAGCCACGAAUGUGAGACUUGGACAUACCUACGGAAAUGUAAUAGAGCUAAGCUUUGGUAGAAAAGCAGCCUGAGAAUCAUUCACUAGCUAUGCGAAAUACCAUCAUUUUUUUUAUCCUAAGAAUGCAAUUAGAAUUAUGAAAAUUUGAGAUUCUAUAAAAUAAUUCUUUUCAGAAUAUUUGUAAACCAUGAGGCCCUUAAGACAAAUUCUUGCGUUGGGACUUUAUGCUGUCCUGACUUCUUUUUAUAGACAACACAUUUUAAGAUGAGCUCUGUGCGAAGUGAUAAUGCGUUCUAUACCCGCCAGGGCGGCGCCACGGUCGUUCACAGAGCACAUACACACAGUAGGGUAGGCGGGUUAAUACGAAGCUUAGCUAGUGGACGGGGGAUGGUAUGGAUCGUAAACAAAUCAGUAAGGAUUCAGUAAGAAACCCUGAAUCGAAACUCGUCUUCCAAAGAUCCGAAAGCGCAAGUUAAUUAUGAUAUUCCUCACUCUUGUAGUUCCUUACAUAUCCUCAAACAUAUCAAAUAAGUACGACAUAGAUUCGUAGAAGCUCUUUAAAGGCCAAUACACACCAAAUGGUUAUGCAGAGUUGCAGACCAGGCGCGUGUCUACCCUGUGAGCUGGAGUCGUGCUGCGUUUGGUGUGGUUCGCCCUUAAAAUUCCCACAUAAGCGGAAACACAACUGGUUUUUGUUAAUUCUUGUAUACUAUUACUCAUACAAAAAAUUAACGUAUACGAUAUAUGCGACACGUGAUUAAUCUUGUUCUAGUGAGUAAUGUUUGCAAAUUUCCAAUGGGACCUUCUAGAAAACUUACUUUUUCUCUUUAAACUAAAUUAUUUGUUAAAUAAAAUGUAAUUUGGUUACCUAAAAUUUAUCGGUUGUGUUUUCGGUACUAAAUAGUUAAAUACUGUAUUAGUUUGUAGGCCAUCCUAGCUUAGCUUUUAUCGAGGCCGGUUACACAAGCUAUUUUCGACUUUAUAGACUUUUAUUAAGGUGAUAUUUAUGGUCAGCUCAUAAAUUGUGUAUGCUUUUUUCUUGCACAAUAUUUUACAGCUUAUGUAUAUAUAAACAAAAAAUAAAUAUUAGUACCUACUUUAAAAACUUUAUCAUACUCAGGUCUUUUAAUAAACAUAAUUUCUGAGCUGAUUAUAAAAUGUAAAACUGAGUGCAUUUCUAUUAGGCACCCAGUCGCUUAUUAAAAUAGUAGUUAUUUGUACUAGAUAAGCUGCUAAACUGUAUGAGACAAUACAACAAAACAAAGAAAGACCCGGAAUAAUUAAUUUUCUUCUGUCUCUUAUACCUAAAUUUGACUGGAAGAUUCGCGUCUGCGGUCUUAAACUAAUAAACUCGCAUAACUACAUAAUAUGCUUAAUUUUUUUUUCAAAAUGAAGUAUUUUGCCGCUGUUAGGGCUCAUUUAGACGGUGCGAGAACUCGCAUGCGAGUUUCAUUACAUUGCGGUUUUUGAUCGGUCGGUUGAAUUGGACGUAACGAGCUGCCCGCAAUGUAACUAAAAUCGCAUGCGAGUGCAUCAGCCCUUAAGGUCUACUUCAUGUCAAAUCUUUUCUUUGCCAACAGUACGAGAAAUAUUUUAGAAAAGGCGCUCCUCGAAUAGUUCAUAAUAUAUAUUUCAAAAUAACAUAUUAAUUAAGGACAUUGGUAAUUUGGGAUACGAAAAAUAUUUGCAUUUACAAUGUAUACUUCGGCGUUGGUGUCUAAAUGGCGACUCAAUAGAUUUUAAAAGUAACUAAUACCUUAUUUGUAAACAUUAUCUAUAUCAUUCACAUAAUACUAAUACACAAAUGCAAAUAUUUUCCUCCCAAUUUAUCCAUAUUUUUCAAAUGAUUAUAAUAGAUUUAUGAUUAUGGAUAAUUCACUAUAAUGUGCAAAGCUGGAACUUUAUGGAAUCAAACAAGUUAUUAUAAAUAUGUAAAAUAUUUUAGCUCUUGAAUUAUUAAAAUAAAUAGAUACGCUUCAAUGCUGUAAUGCACAAAUAAUACAUGAAUUAAGUGUUGAGAUAGAUUAGGUAUUCAAUCUAUUUUGUUAUUUAUAGAUAAAUUGUUAUAUUUUGUCUUGUCAAUUAACAAUAAGAAGCAAACAUACUUUGGUUCAGCCUGCUUUCCAUUUUAACAGAAACAAAAUCAAUAAUUAAUAGAGUUAUUUACUUCUGGCGACUGACCAAAAAUACCUAAUAAGUAUUGUGAUUCAAUAAUAAUUAAAAUAUGUACGUAACAUUCAAGUGUUCAUUUAACAUCUAACCGAAAAAGGCAGUUAUGUAUGUAAAAAAGUAACUCAAAAUAUCAACGAAAGUUUUUUGACAGAAAGAUAAAUACUGGUUAUUUUUAAGGCACGGUUAUUUUUGCUAUGGUGCUAAAUCUAGUUGAUAUGUAGGAAAGCAAUAAUGGCUUGCAUUUGUUAAUUAUCUAGGAUAAUCAUUGCUUUAUGUAUUUAUCAGGGGACUACCACUUAACUCAGUCAGUUCCUUGGGUAAGUUCAGUAGUGUAGCAGUGAAUAUUCACAUUACAGUUUAUAAU